CAAUACGACGAGCACAAACGCGACCCUUGACAUCUCGGAAGUCAAAGUGUCCGGGCACAACUGCUCUACGGGUAUAUGCUGAAAGCCAGAUUCCCGGACGCGUAGUUUAUUCACGACAGGAUCCACCAAAGGCUCUGGCGCGGCGGGGGUUUCGACAUGGUGACUAGUCGAGGAUAUUAACGGUGUCCGUUCUGUAGGGUGGUUGGACAGUGGAGAGGUGUCGCGGUCUCCGUUCAUAGGCUGAAUGUAGUGAGCGAUCAAGUGCUACCAUUCAAGUUAUGGAAGCGCAGCCACAAGUUAUCAUUGAACUUGGGCGUUAACCGCAAUACCGUGUCCCCUUCCACCUCAAGUUCCACAACAAUGUCUACCAAUGUCUCCACACCUCUGCUCGAUAAUACAAUAGAGCCCGACGAACUCUCCGAACCAUCUGUACCUUUGGGAAACAUCAAUGCAUCCUCGACACCCAGGUCACCAGUUGUCCUAACACCUGGAGCACGGCCAACAGCAGGGCAAGCUGCCAAUGCCAAUGCUAUGGCUUCUACUGCGGGAGACGCAGAGUCAGGAAUUGCUGGUAUAUUCAGACAAUCAGCCCAUCCAGUAGCCCUGCUCUUCCUAUACCUCUUCCGCAUAGCUGCAAUUACUGUCUAUCUUCUAUGUGGCUUCUUCACCAGCAACUAUGUUCUGUCGACUGUCCUUGUCGUUGUUCUACUAGCGAUGGACUUCUGGAAUUGUAGGAAUGUCGCUGGCCGUACACUUGUAGGCCUUCGAUACUGGAACCAGGUCGAUGAAGAUGGGGAGAGUUAUUGGGUGUUCGAGAGCCGUGAUCCGUCACAUCUCGCAAACCCAGUCGAUUCCAAGAUGUUCUGGAUCGCAAUAUACAGCUUCCCGUUCCUCUGGCUAGCUCUCCUAAUUGUCUCCAUUCUCAAACUGAGCGCAUCGUUUAUACCCAUAGUUUUCCUUGCACUCGUAUUCAACGUAUCUAAUGCCGUCGGAUUCACUUACGCGUACGUACCCCUCUUGACUUGUGUGAUCAAGUACAUGCAAUUCAUUGACGUGUCAUUAUCACCUCAGCGACCGCGAUGCAAAACAACGCUGGGCCAACCAGCUUGCAUCUUCAGGAUGGAGUAUGGGCAUGGGCGGUUUUGGUGGCCAGAUUCUCUCGGGGGUCGUGAAGAACAGUGUCGGACGAGUUUUCCGUUGACUGCUUUGGAUUUUGAUUUCCCUCGCUUUAAUUAUACGGCGACCCCGCGCGCGUCGUUUACAACUCACUGUUGCCGAAACAGGGUCUACGUGUGCAGCGUGCAUCAUAAGUUCAUAUAGACAACUUGUUGAAAGGCUGAGAGAGGAUUCGCUAGAUGCACGGUCAUUUCAUUCU